AAAGAACUGCAUCGUCAUGAGAGUCCCCUACGUUCUGCCUGUCCUGUUCCUUGCUGCAGCUUCGGCCUUCGAAGUGGGCAAGGACUACGUGUACCACUACAACGGAAAGCUACAAGUCUAUAACCCGGAGCAGCCCCUACAGUCCUCGGGAUUCGCGUUCCAGAGCAAGGUCGUCGCCCAACCCAGACCCGACCACACGCACUUCAAGAUAAUCGAUUUCGAGGUGGACACCUUCAACGGCGAACAUGUCCAUCUCAGUGACCACCAGUUCCACUACCACUCCACCGACGCACUGAAGCAAUUUAUUGAGAGACCAUUUGCCGGCAAGUUCUCCGAAGGAAAGCUCGAGGCCGCGGAGCUGGGAAAGAGCGAGCCCAUGUGGUCUCAGAACAUCAAGAAGGGUGUCCUCAGCGUGUUCCAACUGGACCUCGUCAAGGGACGUCAUGACGAUCCCCACGCCAAGCAGUUCUACGUGAAGGAGGACGGUCUUCACGGAAACUGCGACACCCUGUACGUUGUCGCCGAGGAUGAGGGUCACCUCGAGGUCACCAAGAUCAAGAAUCUCGAGAAAUGCGACAAGGACCACUUCGCCAUCUACGGGAGGAUUAAGGCGCACGAGUGCGUCGAAUGUGAAGCCCAGGAGUCGCACCCCCUGGUGGCCACCGCCCAAGUCAAGUACUGGCUGGAUGGAACUCCAGAGCACUACGUCAUUGACCACGCCUGCGCAACCUCGGAGACUGUCUUGAGGCCUUACGGCCAAGGAAAAACAUUCGUUGUCCAGCUCAACCGCACCUUGGAUUUGGAGGAGGUGCACGACGCCAACACCGACACCCAGCUCCCAGAAGACACGGAAACGGUGGACCACCUGAGUCAGACGCUUCCAGUAGGUGAUCAUGUCGAGACACUCCAAGAUCUGAAGAAGGUCAACCACUUCGUCGACUACUUUCAACUCACAAACAACAAAGAAAAGUUCGUCGCGGGUCUGAACCACCUCGCUGCCCUUGAGUACGAAGAUGACGACGUCAAGGAUGUUCACGGCAAGGAAAGCGGAGGCCUCCAGUUCCUGGUCUUGUUCAACGCUCUUUCCACUCUGCAUUUCGAAGAUGUCGUCCAGGUGUACGAGCAAGCCGUCGCCAGCGCACCGGAAGCAAGCCAAUCUCACGUUAAGAGACUGUUCCUGGACCUGCUGUCAGCUGCUGGAACGAACCCUCAAGUUGCGUUCGGCCUGCAACUGGUCAAGGAAGAUAAGCUCUCGGACGAUGAGGCUGAGCACUUCUUCACCAAGUUGGCGCUCAACCUUAAGGAGAACAGCCCUGCUCUUCUGACUGAACUUGCCGAGGUGUGUGAGCACGUGAAACCGAAACGACAAGUGUGGGUCAACUGUCAACUCGCCCUAAGUAUCCUCGCAGGCCAAGAGGGUUGCGUUCGCGCUAAGACCGACAAGGAACACGACGAGGGAUUCUGCAAGCCCUCUCUGGUGUCGCACUUCUUUAAUUAUUCGGUCAAGCCUGAAGACAAGAAGGACCAGCCGGAAUAUAAGAGGACCGCGUACAUCAAGGCUGCUGGCAACCUAGCCACCAGGGGCGCCGUGCAUUACCUGGAACGCUUCAUCUCCGAUACCAACCAGCCAGAGUACAGGAGGGCUGCCGCCUUCUGGGCCCUGAGGCGAGCUGGCUCGAAGCACCCCGAACUGGUGCGCGAUAUCGCACUUCCCGUGUACAAGAACAAGAGCGAGUCAUCGUAUCUGCGUAUCGCGGCGUUCACAGCCGUCAUGAAGACACAUCCAGACCUCUACCUGCUCAAGUACAUCGGCCACAACAUCAUCGACGACCCUAGUGACCAAGUGGCAUCUUACGUGACCAGCCUGUUCCGUAGUUUCGAGAAAUCCAAGUAUCCCUGCCACCAAUCACUAGCUCAGCACCUUCGCUACGUCGUGCCAAUGUGGAACGACGUGUACCGGUUCUCCAAGCCCCCGGACUACACCAAAUCGCAUGUGCAUCUUUCCUCUGGUUACGACCCCAAGUACGACUACGGUGGCGCCACGUCCUUCGGUAUGGUCCGGGCUGACGACAGCUACCUCCCACGAGACGUCUACGUUAGCGUCAAGGACUACAUGAGCGGUCACUCCCUCAGCACGGCUACCUUGUGGUUUGAGAAUUGGGGUAUGGACAAGCUGUUGAACCACGUCGUGGGACCUCAGCCCGGAUCCUCAAAGAACCUGUGGAACGUCUUUGGGCGACGUCGGUUUACCAGGGAUGCGUCGGCGAAGGAGCUCAAGGAAGUCGAGGAUGCGCUUCCCGUCACCGAUCGGGAGUACGACCACGUCUACGGCAGACUGAACCUCGACCUUUUCGGUCACGCCAUCGACAGCUGGGAGUUCGACGAGGAUCUUCUCAAAGAAGUCGGCAAGGAAGACGGAGAAGACAAACCAGGAACCAAGCUGAAGAACCUCUUGGGACAAGUGCAGCGCAAGAAAAACUUCUACCUGAGCACUGACAUAAUCUUUGUUGCGCCCACCGAGGUUGGUGUUCCAAUCUUCUUCGACUUCAAGCAAGCCGAAUUUACGUACAUCAACCGCAAGAAGUUCAGCGUGGACCAGACUGAAGACGCCAAGUUCACUUUUGAUGUUCAGAGGCACUACGUGCACGAGAGCCGUGGCUACACCAUGGUCGGCGUGGGCCUGACCUUUAACAAGACGUCCUUGGGAACGGGGUCCGACGUCCAGACCAUCUUCAACCUGCCGAUCGACCUACACCUCACUGUGGAUCCCAUUCACAAGACGCUGAGCCUGAAGCGCCCGCUGAGCCUGCCCUGGAACGUCCUGAACCACCACUUCCGUCCGUUCACCUUUACCAUGCCCUAUGACAUCGCCACAGAUGUGUCCCACGCUGUCACCACACUGGAGCAGCCUCAGUACCCCCUCUACAACAAGGAAGAAGUAACUGAGAUUGAUCAUACCUACCUCACCGACGUCUUCGGCUAUGGCUUGAACGUGAAGGGUAGCCUCCUCAGCAAAGGACUCAAGAAAGGACUGCACGACUUCUGGUACGAGAGCGAUUGCCGACAGAGGUACUACUAUGCCCUCAUGAAUCCAGAGUGGCACCCCCGUGAACUGCAGUUCACCGUCGUUCCAGCUGAGCAUGACGCCACGACUGAGGUAGAGGUUGAUCUCGGCUACAAGUUCCUCGAACCCGAUGACGCAAGAGAGAGCCACUUCCCCGUUCAGGACAACGUCGGCGGAGAUGCCGAGGUUCCUUCCACCCAUGUGCUCAGCCUCGACUACACUCUGAAGGGCUCCAAGGAGCGCAAGGCGUCCGCAGAACUGAGGUACUCGUUUACCAAGGACAACCUCAAGCACAAAGUGCAGUUCUUCUAUGACCGGACGCCCUUCCACCCAAAGGAGCAAGUCCACACUAAGGUCUGCAUGGAUGUCACGUCUAAAUUCCCAAAGCCCGAGUGGUCCAAGUUGAAGAACCUCGCCGUUUUCCACGAGGGCAAGGAUCUGGAAUCUGAGCUGAACCUUCAUUACGGAAGCAACUGCGUAGACCAGUCUAGCAUCACAUUCAAGGGAAAAUAUACUCACACGGAUGACGAAGAAAGGCAGAUUCGAGAGAACGCUGAAGGCAAGCCGCGGGGAAUCAACCGAAUGGACAAGUAUAACCUCCGAGAUCCGUUCAACAAAUGCACCGAGCAUCAGAAGCGUGGCGUUCCACUAAACCUUUACUGCAUGAAGUACCUGUACUACACCAGCCGCCUGGGUAAAUUCACAACAGACGUCGAGUACAAGAACCUGAAGCCGUUGCUCCCCAUGCUAACGAAGUACUACAAGAAGGUCCACCCCGAGGGAGGUUUCCUGAGCACCGUAGUGUCCCACUUCCAUGGACCCAACGGAAAGCUCCACGUCGUCUCUCAAGUGCCUCCUGUUCAGGACUACGCGGACAUCGUUGUAACCACGGAGGACGGUCACUCCCACAACCACUCCCACGUGCCGCUCUACAGCCACUUGCUCGAGCCCAGGAUCAUGUUCUCCACGCUAGGGUACUCGAACAUGGCUCACUACAUCUCCUACUACAAACAGAAAUACUGCGAUCUGCAAGGACAGAGCGUCAGGACUUUCGACAACGUCGUCGUGCAGCUGCCGGAGACCGACUGCUACAAGGUGGUCGCCAAGGACUGCUCGCCCAACAAGAGGUUCACGGUCCUGGCACGGGCUACCGGAAACGCCGAACUCCCCAAGGCGCUGAAGGCAUUCAUCCAGUCCACCCUGGUCGAGCUCCUGCCAGUUGCCGAAGACUCCGGUCUUGUGCUCCGCGUUGACGGAAACAGAGUUCCACUGACCCCGGGAGUACCUUACAGCCACACCGCGCACGAAGUCGAGCUCUUCACCGUCACGCUGGAAAACAAAUACUUCGAAGUAACGUCGAAGCCAUACGGUCUCAAUCUAGGCUUCAACGGAAACAUGCUCUUCGUACAGACCGCCAACUUCUACCGCGGCAAGCUGUGCGGCCUUUGCGGCGACUACAACUACGACCGGCAGCACGAGCUCGUGGGCCCCAACCUCCACCACUACAACGACACCCUGGAGUUCGCCAAGAGCUACGUCGUUCCCUCUUCCGACUGCACCCCGCCCUGAGCAUCAUUUUCCGUCGACAUCAUCGUUCAACCCUAUUUCGGCCGCUCUUCGUGAGCAGGCAUUUUCUUCGAUAAGUACCGACACGAAGGGACAGUGCGAGAGUUGAGCAGCAACUGUAACCUCUAGAACGAACGUAACGCCGCGGAAGCCGCAAGACAACGUGAUAAAGGCUUUAUUGGACGUGUUCACUGCCAUGGACGUUUUAGCGAAGUAAAAAAAAGCUAAUAAAUGCAUU